AUGGUUCUCACCGGAAGAGGAGGAUACGGCAAUCACGUGUCCAAGAAGCAGCAAUCUCUGUCGCCCAAGACUUCCCCCGUUUCACCUCAUCUUCAGCCCCAACAAUCAUCGUCGGCUGAAUGCGACUCUGUACCCAGUACUCUGGCUCCUGUUUUGUCCUUUUCGUCACCUAAUCAGCGAUUCACAACUGGUCGAGGCGGCUAUGGCAAUCGACGUCCGAUUAGUCAGAUGAUGCCCGACACUCCUGAGGAGUACCUGGAGGAGUGCUACACAGCUUAUGAGUAUGUGCCUCCAGUGUAUUCUGUGGGUCGAGGAGGACUGGGAAACAAGGUCACUAAUCACAAGAAGGAGAAGGAGCCCGAAAAGGAGGGAAACCGACUUACUCGAAUGUUUUCCAACGCCUCCAACUCCUCCAACUCCAGUCAAAAGUCGCGAAACUCUCUGCAUGCCGUGAGAUCGGAGCCCGGUCGUGUUUGGGCCAAGCUCAAGACCACCAUGACCAAUUAA